GUUUGGUUGGUGUGGUAAAGUUUAAUUGAAAUUCUAAUAAAUAUAUAUUUUUAACAGUGUAAUUUUAUUGACGAUUUAUCCAUCACAAUAACAAUUAAAGUUGUCGUCAUUAGGGCUCCAAUAAAUUCUCCCGGUUCAAAGGUCAAAAUGUCAGCACUGAGAGUGUUAGUUGGUUGCAAAAGAGUUAUAGAUUAUGCUGUUAAAAUUAGGGUGAAGCCAGAUAAAACUGGUGUCGUUACUGAUGGAGUCAAACAUAGUAUGAACCCAUUUGAUGAAAUAGCUAUAGAAGAAGCUGUUAGACUAAAGGAAAAGAAAAUAGCAUCUGAAGUGAUAGCUGUAUCAUGUGGACCACAGCAGUGUCAGGAAACACUAAGAACAGCAUUAGCCAUGGGAGCUGACAGAGCCAUACAUGUAAACAUAGAUCCUAAAGAUUAUGAAACUUUACAACCAAUUCACGUUUCCAAAUUCUUAGCCAAAAUUGCACAGGAUGAAAAAGCUGACAUAGUAAUAGUUGGAAAACAGGCUAUAGAUGACGACUGUAACCAGACAGGACAGAUGACAGCUGCUUUGUUAGAUUGGCCACAGGCUACAUUUGCAUCCAAGGUAGAAAAGAAUAAUGGAGAUUUAACAGUAAUUAGAGAAAUAGAUGGAGGUUUAGAAACAAUCAAAGUCAAAUUACCAGCAGUUUUAACAGCAGACUUACGAUUAAAUGAACCAAGAUAUGCUACCUUACCAAAUAUUAUGAAAGCAAAAAAGAAACCUAUGGCAUCAAAAACACCAGCAGAUUUAGGAGUAGAUGUGGCGUCAAGACUGGAGAUCAUCAGUGUAGAGGACCCUCCAGUAAGAGAGGCAGGACAGAAAGUAGAAAGUGUGGAAGAUUUAGUCACUAAAUUGAAAGAUUCGGGACUUGUAUGACAGCAUAAUCAUGAUACUUAGAGUUGUGAAUUGACCAGUUACAGAAUUCCACCAAUCUCAGUGCAGAUAGUUGUAUAAAAAACAAAGAGAAGAGAACAAUUUACAAAUAUUUAUUUAAUCAGAUGAACUUAAUUAUAAUUAUUACAAUUAUUUUUAGUGUUCAUUUAUUGUUUUUACAAAUUACAGUUAUUUUAUAAUGAAAAAUGUGUGUAUCAAAGAAUUUGGUUGGCUACUUAUUUUCACAUGUUUUACUAUUUACCUAGACCUUUGACAUGAGAGACAUAGAGGUGCCUUUUCAGUAGCAGAGCAAUGUCUAUGUAUAAAUCUUCAAUUUAAGAAGGUAGAAAAACAUGGAUACUUCAUGUCUUAGUCUCUUAGAUACAGGAAAGCAGAUGCCUGGUGUUCUGAGCUUCCCAUAUCAUGCUAUACAUGUAUAAGCAGUAGGUCAACUAUUUUUGGUGUAUUAUAUGACAGUGUUUUUAUUAUUAAAGGUGUAGAUGUU